AUGUUGCGACAAUGGAUCACCCUUCUCUCCUUCCUGCUCUGGCUUCAGUGGCCGAGUUUCAUUUACGCCAUACCAACCGAGGCUGUUCUGCCUGCCAUAAAUCAGAUCGAAGAAAAGAUUUUCACCCUUGCACUGUUUAGCCGUCCUGAGUAUGUCCCCUACGGAACAGAUGACCUCAAUACUUUCCACUGGGCGAUUCAUGCCAGCAAAAAAGGAUCCAGAGGUGAAGUUGUCGAUUCUUUCGAUGCAUCUGAUUGGCGUUAUAUUCGUCAAGGAAACAAACAGUCGGUCAUCUCCAAUCAUCCGCCAAGCAAGGGUCACCCCUCGCCUUUUAUGUAUCAGUAUAAGUACGCCGUUGAACCGGCCAAUGUCCAAACUUUCAUGGCGAGGAUUAAUAUUGGAAGUGCGACAACGUCAACAAUUGAAGUCACAGAAUUAUUUCGAGGCCUCAAGUUACCAGGUCCCGGAGAGAGUUGUCUCAACUGGGCACAAUCAGCGAUGCUCGAAAUGCAGCUUAAAGGCAUGGCUAAGCAAUUCGACGUCGGGACAUUUUCCCAGAAGGCUUUGGAGUACGCUCUGGGCAGAGUUUAG